UUCGCGUUUUUACGUCUUUUCCGGCUUUUCGUCGUUUUUUACGUCGUGUCGUCGUACUCGUUCCUUGAACGAUUCUUUAUCGACCGGCCGGAAAACAGGCAAAUAACACAAUGGACAUUCGACACACUCCCGAAGCUUCCCCCGAAGCGACUCGGCGAGCGCCCGAACAGGGUGACCUCGACACAUAACACACCGCUCGGAAAUACGCGAUUAUGUUGAGACGAGAGAGACAACAAAUCGGAAAUCAUUUACCAGAAUACGUACCGAAAAAACCUUUCGAGACACUGAAUUAUCGGGGUUGCCAGCGCUAUUAUUUUACAGGGUAAUAAUGGACCAUAGGAGAUAUCAGAGAUCAGGAGGAAUUUACCACGAUGGGUUUUUGUACAUAACAAGAUCCACGAAGCACAACAUCAGGUAUUUAAUCUGUAGCAAGUACCGACGAUUGGGUUGUAUUGCAUCAGGGAAAAUCCACUUAGAAGAGGGAAAUGUCUUCAUUCCUAUAAAGGUUGAACAUAAUCAUCCUAGAGACGACAACAGAGUUGAAGCAAUGGAUUUUAGAAUUCAGCUACGGGAGGCCUGUGUUCGAGAAAGAGGAACCCUUAAAAAUAUUUAUGAGCGCGUUGCCGCAAGAAACGUGGAUGGUGCUGUUGAAGUUCCAUUUAAUGUGAUUCGCCGUUCAAUGUUGAGAUGGAGCCACGCAACGAGGCCUAAUGUCCCGGCAACUUUAACGGAACUGGCAGACAUAUUUCGAACAGGUAAUUGGCCAAGAUAUACGGAUUGUACCAGUGGACGUUUUUUUUCAGGUGUGGUCGUAGCCAAUGGACUUACUGCGGUGGUUUUUGGCAAUAGAGAAUUUAUAGGAAACUUCAUUGACUCCCAACACACAUUCAUUGAUGGAACCUUCAAGGCAGUACCGAGAAGACCUAACUUUUGUCAAAUCUUGACCAUAUUUGCCACUUGCAUGGAUCAUGCUUUUCCAGUUGCACAUAUUUUCAUGGAGAGAAGAACGAAAAUCUUGUAUGAUGCUGCUUUUGCCUACCUGCGUUAG